AUGUCGGAUAUCAAUAAUAAGAAGAGAUCCGCUGAUGACUUGGUUGAUAAUCUUGCUUUAUAUACUGAUCCAAAUGAACUUAUAAAUGCAGUGAUAUCCGUUUUAGCAGUCCCGGAAAAUAAAACUGUUGUUGCUGAAAAUUUUGCAAAUGAUAAGAAUCAAGCUACUGAAGUUCAAGCUUAUGCUAAAAUAGCUGGGAAUAAUUGGACUUUUUAUGUUAAGGCAUUAUCAGUUUCAAUAGGAAGAAAUACUGAACCAACAAAUACUUUAACUUCAAGUCAAAAUGAUCCGAAUUUAGUUGAUAUUGAUUUGGGUCCUGCAAAAGUUGUAAGUCGUCAUCAUGCUACAAUGAAUUAUAAUUUUGAAACAAGAAUUUGGGAAUUAAAAGUCCCUGGUAGAAAUGGUGCUAAAAUUGAUGGUGUUAGAAUCCCUUGUGGUCCAACUGCUCCAGCAUCUCCUUUACAUUCAGGUGCAGUUGUAGAUAUUGGUGGAACUCAAAUGAUGUUUAUAUUACCUGAUGCUCAACCUAAAAUAAAUCCAAGUGUAUUACAAGCAAUUUCAUCAAAAUUACCCAAACCUAAAAAUAAAAGAUUAAGUGUUAUGUCUGGUGGAUUAAAUACUUCAACUUUUAAUCAUAAUAAUAAUAAUAAUACUAAUACGAGUAACGGUGGGUUAGAUAAUAAUUUUGGUUCAACAUCAUUACCAACAACUUCUGCAACCACUGGAUUUGGUACUUCAAACUUAAAAGGUUUUCAAAUGUAUAAUAAUGUUGAUUCUGAUAAUGAAAGUUUAAAUGGCGGAGGUUUUAAUAAAGAUAAUGAUUUAUCAAAGGAUGAAUCAAGAGAUAUUAAACCACCUUAUUCAUAUGCUACAAUGAUUACUCAAGCUAUUUUAUCAAAUUCAGAUGGUGUAUUGUCAUUAUCUGAAAUUUAUGAUUGGAUUUCUUCACGUUAUGCUUAUUAUAGAUUUUCUAAAUCAGGAUGGCAAAAUUCAAUUAGACAUAAUUUAUCAUUAAAUAAAGCUUUUGAAAAAGUUCCAAGAAGAGCAAAUGAACCAGGUAAAGGUAUGAAAUGGCAAAUUUCUGAUUCUUAUAAAUCUGAAUUUAUGAAGAAAUUUCAAAAUGGUUCUUUAUCAAAAGUUAGAAGAGGUUCAUCAGUUUCAAGACAAUUACAAUUACAUUUAGCUAUGCAUAAUGAUUUACCUGCAAGUCAAGCUACACGCCGUAAAAUUCCAUCUCAAUUACCAAAUAAUGCAAUUCAAUUUACAAAUACACCUCCAACAACUGCAUCUUCAUCAUCAAUUAAUGGAAUACCUUCAUCAACUGGAUCAACAUUACCAACUUCUGUACCAUCAACAUCAGCAUCAAAUUCAAGAGGUGAUGCAUUAUCAUUUAUGGUUGCAGCUGCAACAUCUCAACAACCAACUUAUGGAUAUCAACAAGGUCAAUCAAAUCAAUCACAACCUCAACAAAGUUCAAUAUCAUUACAAAAUCAAUAUCAAAAUCAACAUCAAAGAGGUACAUCUGAUCCACAACAACAACAAUUUUACCUACCCCCACAAUUACCACCUUUACAACAACAACAAAUUCCACAACCAUCAACAACUUCAACAUCAACAACAUCAUCUCAACAAAUACCUACACAACAACAUCAACCACCAUCAACAUCAUUUCCCACUGGAUCAACAAAUGGAUCAAAUAAUCCAAUUAUACGACAAUCCGUUAUAGAUACACCAGGUACUAAUAAUACAUCAUUAGAUGAAGGUAAAGAUUCUCAACCAAAUACUCAAUUAUCAUCACCUUUAAAAAAUGAAAAAACACCAAUUAAAAAUUAUUAUAAUGAAGAAGGUUUUUAUAAUGAACAAGAUGAAUCUAAUAUAAGUCCAUCAAGAAGAUAUGUUAAAGCAGUUGAAGCGUAUACACCAGAUCGUGGGGCAAAACCUUCAACAAAUAUUGGAAUUGAAUCACAAUCGAAUUCAAAUAUUAAUAGUCGUAAUAAUAGUACAACAACUUUAAAUAAUGGUAAUGGACCAUCAAAUAAUAACAAUAAUAAUACUAAUAACAGUGGGAAUCAUAAUCAUAAUAAUAAUGGUAAUGGACAAAUUUCAAAUAAUGGUAAUCCAAAUUUACAAAGUUCACCAGCAUUAUGGAAUUUUGUUCAAUUUAGUACACCAUUACAACCAAAAGAACAAACUACACCAACUAAGAAUGGUAAUAAUUUAAAUAAUAAUAAUGAAUCACCAUUAAUUAUGAGACAAAAAGUUAAAGAUUUAGGUGAUUUAAAUAAUGUUGAUUUAGCUAAAGGAUUUAAAAAGGAAUAA